AUGAUGCGGCAGCUCAAUUGCUUGAUUUUUCUUUCAAUUCUCAAUUUUAUCCCAUCGGGAGUUCAAGCGAAAACCUCCGUCGCACUUCAACAACAGAAUGACUUCAGUCUGAAGAGUCUCUUGCAAUCACUCCAUACCUCCCGUGAUCCUAUAUCAGGCGAAACGAAGUGUUGUCCAAUCGGUUAUCAUUUCGAUGGCAAAGACUGCGUUAUAAGCCCUGACUGCGAUUCAGGUUGCUAUUUUGAUAGCGGGAAAUGCCAUGCGAGAGAGGAACCAAGAUGCCCGGGAGAUGGGAUUCCAAAUGGCAUGAACUGCUUUACGACAAAGGGCCCGGAAUGUCCUACCCAUGCGGAACUCAAAGACAAAACCUGUGUUGUGGGGCAACCUCAAUGUGGCGAUGGAUUCGAAUACGAUCAUAGUCUGCGCAGCUGUGUAUCUAUCGAAAGCCCACAAUGCGGCGACUCAUAUGACUUCUCCAAGGGUAGAUGUAUCACCAAAAAGCGACCAGAAUGUCGAGGUCGAGGUGCAACAAGAUUCGAAAAUGGUCAUUGUAUUGGAACAAGCCCACCCGUAUGCGACAAAGGAAGCUAUAAUGACAAACUAUCGCUUUGUCAGGCAGACGCUCCUCGGUGUCCAGGCGGUAGCUCCAUUCAGGGCAAUGUGUGUAUUUCAAAGAACGGCCCAUCAUGCGCUCGUGCCGACGACGAGUACGACCCAGAUAUGAAGAAGUGUACGUCCAAGAGUCACAGAUUGUAA